AUGUCGACAGAUAUUACUCGUUCAUUAUCCCGCUUAUUGGAAUCGGCUCCCCAAGCACCUCCACUGAAUGAUAUUCUCACAUCUGUGGACACUUUUAUACUUGAGUGCACCUCUUCCCCAGAACCUGAAAUCCUACUCUACAAUCUAGAGGAGGAACUUCAGACUAUACAUAGGGAUGCCGUUGAUCAUGACUCUCGCGAACAGACUGAGAUCUUCUUAGCAGUGCUAUGUCGCCUCAUCCCUGUGAUAUCCUCAACCUCCUUGAUCUCGACUUGGUUUGACCUCGUCUUGCGUCCGGCUCUCCGGGAUCCCAAGCUCUCCGCUACAGGAAUAUCAUCUGCAAAAGAACUGGUCAUUGUUGGAUUAGUGAAAGUCGACGAAAACUACCCAGCCAAGCAGGGAGAGUUUCGACGGCACCUCCUCGACCUGUAUCUUUUGGACGCUUACAAUGAAGGGUCCGGGAAUGAUGUUCUCGAGUGGGCAGAGCUUUCCGAGGAGCAGCGGGAGCGGAGACGCCUAUGGAAAUCCAACUUGGAGGAUAUCAUGGUCCAGUUUGGAUUAGAACAACCAGAGGCUCUAUUCACGCAAAUAUUCAACGCUUUCGCCUCCACCUCAUCUCGCCUACAGCUAUUCAUCCUCUUAAACCGAUAUACCUCACAGCCAUCUUUUGAAUUGCAUGCGUCCGUCCUAGCCGCUCAUUCUCUUAUGUCCAGCAUCCUCACAUCCCUUCUGGUUGACAAUUCGACAACUGUCUGUACAAUUGCUCUCUCGGUUCUAACAAAGCUCCUCCCCAUAUUCGCAGUCAAAGCAUCUCAUAAUCUCAAGGCCAUGCUUUCUCGUCUGUUUGCUAUCCUAGCCCGCAUCAUUUGCUGGCAAGAACGGCAGCCCACUGACGCCUCUGCUCAAGAAGAAGACCCAUCUUCCGAUGGGACCAGCCAAGGCGAUCCAGACGAGAUCACACGACAAUCCAUGCAAAGUAGCCGCGCGCUCAACACGAGAGCUGACCUUGAUUGGCAGAGACUGGAGUUGACAUUCGGUUCAGCAGCUGCCCCUGCUCCUUCACCGCGACGAUUCUUCACAUUCCUCUAUUAUUUAUACCCGUGUAACUUGUUAUCAUUUCUCCGACGCACUGCACACUACUUGACAGACGCAGGCGUGGAAUCUCCUUACUCGGUCGAUUGGAUGGAAGCUCUUGAUAUAGAUCAAAUCAAAACUAAGAGCGAGGUUUUACUCCGCGCGCAUAUCACUCACCCGCUGAUCAUCUGGCGCAAUGCGACAAACGAAUUAAAUAAUCCAGACUUCUUCGAACGAUAUGAUGUGCCUCGUAUUGUAACAGAAUGCAUGCGGUUGGAGGUUCGUAACUCGCGCCUAGAGCGAGUACCCCAAGUCUUCCCCGAUGAUCACCAAGAGUCCGAGCUCGGGACAGAUACUUAUUUUCCCCUCAGCAGUCACGAUAUCGGCGAUACGCAGGCCGUCGAGGAGGUGACCGAGGAUGAAUUUCUUGUUUCAAGAAUCGUACAAGUGCCUUCUACCAAGACAAAGAUCUCGUUGCGGGACAUGGUCAACACCUCUAUCGCCUUGAAAUCCAACGCGGAGAUAGAGAUCGUGGAUCCCACGCCUACUUGGCCGUACGCGCUCUUCACCAGCGCUAGCAUCUCGUCUGCCACGCCCAGCGUACCAUUGGCCGGGGAAUCGAGCGACGCAUCAUCUCAACGAGAGACUGAGGUCCCUGUACAUAUUGCGCAAGCCAUCUCAGGGCUGCAGCGAGAAGUGUUGCUCCUUCGAAACGAACUCAAUUUUGAGCUAUGGCUCACACGGGAGAACAUGAAGCAAAUCGGGGUGCUGUACGAGCAGCGGAUCGUCAAGAGGAACGCUGAGAUGGAGAGGCAGGGCUUGCAUAACGCCCUUCGCGAUUAUAAAAAUCAGGUCGCACGCUUGCAGUAUCAGCUCAAGGACCAGAAAGAGCAGUCAGACAUGGCUAAGAAGAAGUACGGGGACUGGAAUGCUGAGUUACAGCAGAAGAUCCGGGAUCUCCGCGACCAGAAGAGGUCGUGGGUUACGGAAACAGCGUCUUUGAGACAGGCUGAAAAGGAACUCAGGGCUCAAUUUAUCGCUCAAGGCAAGCUACUUGCUGAAGCAGCAAAUAGAGUCUUCCAGCUGGAAAGCUCAAUCAAAGAGAAUGCGCACAAACUAGACCGACUCAAAGACUAUGAGCGGCAGAUAGAGCAGCUGACAACAUUGCAAAAGCUAUGGAAUGUCGAUGUGCAAAAAUACAAAAGCCAGACAGAAGUGAUCAAGAGCAUGCUUAGUAAAUACAAGAAGAUGGAACUACGCCUCGAAACGUACGAGAAGACGCACACUGAGAUGGAGGAGCAUGCGCGGGCAUCGCGUCGCCAAAUUCAGACACUCGAAUUGCAGUUGGCUUUCUCGAAGCAUCAGAAGCCGCAUAUAUCCCCGCCAUCUGAUGCUGCCUAUAGGGAAAGAGUGUCUGCGUUAGAGCAGGAAAACGAAAGGUUGCGUAAUCAAUACGAAGAGCUGGAGAACGAGGUUGAGGAGGUGAAGGAGAUGGUCGAAAUCUUAAGAGCUCAAGUCAGCAAGAGUCCAGGAAUAUUGUCGGAUGCAAGGCUUAGUCCUAACAUUGGCAGCCCGUUGAUUUUAUGA